AUGCCGCUCCGCGAGAUACUUCAUAAGAAGGACGCCUUGAACAACUCGGCGGGCCAAUAUGACGCCGAUGCGAUUCCUACGACUUCUGUGAGCACCAUUCCUGAAAUUACCUUUAUCCGGACCGAUACCAAUACCCACGAAGUCAUCCGUCCGCCCGUUUUCGACGGAGAUGACGAUCAGCCCGACAAUCGAUAUCUAGACCCAGUCCCUCCCUCCCCUUCGCAUCGCAAGUCGUUAAACCCAUUUCGUCGAUCGCGUGCACCCUCAGAGUCGUCGGGGACCAGUUCGCCAACGCGCCCGCGGGGAGAAAGACGGUUAACGCACUUGCUGCAUUUGGAUCGCUCGGGUUCGCGGAACUCCAGCUCGCCGUCAGUCAAUGUGCCGCCGGAUCUCCCGCAGAUCAACUGUGAUAGGGGUGAUGAGCAGGACAGGGAGGCACAAUGGGAAAAGAGGGCAACGGUGCUGGUGCAGCGCACCCCGCAACUUGGGGCAUCGUGUUUGUCGCCUACUUCGCCGACAGGCUUCGGAUUGGAUGGAGCCCCAGCCAGGUCGCGCAGUUCUAGUCGGAGUGGGGUAAACGGUCCAGGAGAGGAUAUCAAUAUCCAAGAGGCGAUUCGACUUCACGAAGCUGGAGAUCUAGAACGGUCAACCAAGAUGUUUGAGCAGUUGGCGGAUCCCAACGGUGCCAACAAUGCGCUCAGCCAGGUGCUCUAUGGACUGGCACUUCGACAUGGUUGGGGAUGCUCGCCAGACCCUGAUCGAGCCGUCAUGUACCUUUCGGCCGCCGCAUCCAAUUCGGCAUCGAUAGAGUCCCAAGCGCUCCAGGCUGGUCUCAAGAAGGGCGGGUCGGCCAAGGGAGAAUUAGUCCUAGCCAUAUACGAACUGGCGAACUGCUUCCGGAAUGGCUGGGGCGUCAAGAAAGACGCCAUCGCGGCGCGCCAAUACUACGAAACAGCGGCCAACCUAGGCGACACGGACGCGAUGAACGAGGUUGCUUGGUGCUACCUAGAAGGGUUUGGAGGGAAGAAGGACAAGUUCACGGCCGCCAAAUACUACCGAUUGGCCGAGGAGAAAGGGAGCAAAUUAGUGGGAAAUUCCUGGUACGUUUAACUCCCUUGUUUGAUGCCCAUUCCUGGACUCUUCAUUGCAAUGUGACGGGGGUGCCUCUGUUCUCACCUGCAGGCGUUACGCUUGGAGGCCAUGGAUGCGGAUCCAUUGAUAGGCGCUCGGAGUUUCCGCACCCUGCGCCAUGCACACCAGCGUCACGCUCUCCGCCAACCACAGCCUCAAGCCCCCAACCCACGGGAUUGAGAAUUAGGCUGACAUGAUCGUGCUUGCCGACAGGAUCUGGAAGGACAAGUACAACCCGAAGUGAACCGCCCGGCUGUGUACGGAGUGCCUGGUAUAGCUCUACGAUCUCACCCGUGCCGUCCAUCAUCAGAUGACGAUGGCGUUUUCGACCAAGCUGAAGCAAGGCUAGGAGGAUUCUUUCAAUUCUUAGCCGAUACCUCUUCCACUCAUAUCCCGGAUUGGGGGACACGGACCUCUGAUGAUUAUCCCUGUGCCAUUUACCACCCUCACCUACACCCUCGCUACCACCA